CAACGGUCCAUCAUGCGGCAACCGAAUUGGUUCGUUGGAUUUGAGGGAUGCUCGUCCCAUGGUUUUGCUACAACUAGUUUCCUACUGUUCUCUUCAAGCCUCGGCUAUGAUAGCUUAGAUAACAAGCAAACAAACAGGGAGAGGCAAACUCAGCUAUGCGUGGUAGCGAUGGCACUGUAUUACCUAUCAACAACAAUGUUUAACAAGGUCUGAACAAACGGAAGCAACAGCGUGAAAGCAUGGCAAAAGCAGCACCAAAGAUAUAGAUCUCAAAGGAUCUCAGAUUGGCGAAGGAUUGCCCUGCGAAAAAACAGCUCCCACUGGCUUAUUGCAGCUGCAGGCAGCACCACCCAUGGAUCCGGAAGGAAGAGAACUCAAAAAGAUACCAAUCCUCCACAUUGAGAAUUGGCAUUUUAGCAACAGCACAGCGCCCACAGCUUCGCAAGUACAUCCCCAACUCCAUCUUCUUCCACUUAAUCGUACAGUACUUAGUUGUUGCCUUUGCAAUCACCACCAGAUAGUAGUAUUUAUUCCCAACAAUCUACAAUAAGAUGAUUGCUGGAACUCUAUUGAGGCGAAUUGCUACAAGGGGUGCUGCCGUCGGUGGACGCCUACCUUCGGUGAAUGCUGCUCGAUACUUCUCAUCCAAUGCUACCUUUGACGUUGAGGGCUCUUUUGAGACCCACAUGUUGGAUACGGCUCCCGAGACGACGGUAGAAUGCAGCAAGGAAGAACUGUUGGAAAUGUUUGAACUCAUGUACACGAUGCGUCGUAUGGAAAUCACCUGCGAUAAUGAGUACAAGGCACGAAACAUUCGUGGAUUUUGCCAUUUAUACGAUGGACAAGAAGCCGUCGCCACCGGCAUUAAUGCCGCCUUUGAUCCCGAGGAUUCCUGGAUUACCAGUUACCGAUGCCAUUGUGUCGCCUUGGCGCGAGGUGGAUCCGUCUCCUCGGUCGUUGGAGAACUAUUUGGUAACAUUGAUGGAUAUUCCAGAGGAAAGGGAGGAUCCAUGCACUUUUACAACAAGGCAAACUACUUUUUUGGAGGUGCCGGGAUUGUGGGUGCUCAGGUCCCCGUCGGAGCGGGAAGUGCCUUUGCCAACAAGUACAAAUCCAAACCCGGUGAAAAAAUGAACGUUUCCGUGGCGUGCUUUGGAGAUGGAGCCGCCAAUCAAGGACAAAUCUGGGAGGCUGCCAAUAUGUGUAAUCUCUGGAAUUUGCCCAUGAUCUUUUGCAUUGAGAACAACCGUUACGGUAUGGGAACCUCCAUCGAUCGUCACUCCUCCAUUCAGGACUACUACAAAAUGGGUAAUGAAAUUCCGGGACUUCGAAUCGAUGGAAUGAACGUACUCGCCGUCAAGGAGGGAAUGAGAUUUGCCAAGGAGUAUUGUGGAAGUGGAAAUGGACCCAUGUACGUCGAAAUGAUGACUUACCGAUACCACGGACAUUCCAUGAGUGAUCCCGGAACCACCUACCGUAACCGUGACGAAAUUGCCUUUACCCGAUCGACCAAGGAUCCUCUCGAAUUCGUCAAAAAGUGCCUGGUGGAUGCCGAAUUCAUGACGGCCGAUGAAAUCAAGGAUAUGGAAAAGAAAAUCCGAAAAGACGUCCAAAAGGAAGUCUUGAAGGCCAAGGAAUCGCCAGUUCCUCCUCACGAGGAACUAUUCAAACACAUCUUUGCCACCAACUUGGAACCUCGCAGUGGAGGAAUUGAAUAUCCACCCCAUAUUCGCAUGCCCAACUACGAAAACUCCUUUUGGAUUGACGGAAAGAAAGAGUAGACACCGUGGAAUCGAAUGGAAUCGAAUCGAAGCAGUCAGUCAACGUGACCUCGUGAAUGGUGCUGAAAGGUGGGAUAGUUGGCUGAGAUGUGUCUAUUACCAAUGGUUUAGAUUCUUUCUGUACAAACGUUUGUGUGUGCUUCCGUCGUUGCUCUCGUUCCAAGUGUGUGCAAGGGUUGGCUCCUUCCAGAUUGAAUAAGUAUCGUUAUAUCGUCUGGUCAGAUAGCCUCUUCUUUUAAAAGCAAGAACAUAAUGAACACUCACUCAUGAAUAUCCCCGAAAAGGCAGUAGCUAGCUAGGAACACUCUAGCUAUGGCUUCAAACAAGGGCACUGAUUAUGUUGAUUCUACUGCCUCAACCUCCUGGCCGUCUGCAGGCACAUUCUCCAGUGAGAACUUCUUUUCAUUGUCAUAUCUUCUCAUUAUCAGUUCUUCCAAUUUCACACGCAGCCUGGCUACAGCUGCUUCUUCAUUUGGAACGUUGAAGACACUAUCCAAUCUCCCACCCGGAAACUUGCACCCUAAUUUGAUGCUGUCUGCAUUCUUUGACAACAUAGGCUUGACCAAUGCCACUGCAAGAUUCACAAACCGAGGAGUGUUGAAGAAUUUGAACUGUGCAUGCUUUGCCGGAUAAAUAUC